CAUUGAACACUUCCUGUUCAAAGUACAAUACCAUAUUUUCUGUGUCACAGAUUGUAGAGGAAACCUGUUUUUGGUACUAUUUCACACAAUUUCGUGUUGAUCUUCUAGCUGAAAAAGAUGACAUCUGUCACGUGCAUUUACAGAUCUUUGUUACUUUGACGCACAGUCAUUGCUUGGACGUUGCAGUCAACACCGGCAGGAUCAAUUUGAUUUCCAUUCGAGUGAACAGAGCUGUGUACACCUGACUUGCAGACCGCUACUAGUGUGUUUACAUAAUGCAAAAUUCAUUGGAGUCGCUUGUGAAUGUGCUUGAGUCGUACAGAGGAAGAGAUAAAGUGAUAAGGACACUGUGCUAUGGGUCCCAGCUGGUUGGUGGGGUUCUGUCUGAGAAGCCAGGGCGGUCAACCGCACAGCUUGGAAAGAGCCUCCUACUGUUCUCUGCACAGCUAAGCCACUGUCGGACUGUACUUCGACUCUUCGAUGACCUCUCCAUGCUCACAUAUUCACAAAGCUAUGGUCUUGGAGCCGGGGAAGAAGAUUCUGCACUGCGCUGGAUGUCUGUGCUGAAUAAUGUGGCUGACCAGCUGUAUUACCCUUGUGAACAUAUAGCGUGGGCUGCCGAUGCCAAGAUCAUCAGUGCUAAGUCUGACAAAUGGUGGCUACUAAGCGGUAUACUCUGGGGAGUAUCUCUGCUUUUAGGCGUUUUCAGGUCCAUGAGGGUUGUCAUGCUGCUGCGGAAGAAGUUAAGGAAGUCAACACGAGGCGACAGUAGGAAUCUUGGCGUUCCCAAUGCAUAUUCAUCACAUCAAUUGGGAGGACAUUUCAGUGAGGGAACUGUUGCCAGCAGGUCUCAGCUCCGGAGGCAGGUGCAAGGGGAGGUCCUCAGUAUUCUCAGCAGCAUGGCAGAUCUGAGUAAUGCCAUUCAUUGGAUGCCCCCUGGUUUCCUCUGGGCAGGACGCUUUCCCAAUUGGCUAGUUGGACUUAUGGGCACCACGUCAUCCCUGAUUGGCUUGAUCCAGAUGGGUGCCAGUCAAGCAGUCAGUGCCUAGUCUAAUUGCUUUGACAAAUCUUUUCUUUUUUUGACUAACACAUUUGAUAACCCAAUCAGAAUUCGUUGAAAAAUCUACUGAAAUUUGGGGAACAUUCAACAUCAAACCCUGUUCUGGAUGACAUCGUUGUGCCCAGUGUUGGUAAUUAAUGGUUUGUUUCUCUUUUCUUGACAAAGCUCCACAACCAGAUGCAACAGUUGACUAUUGUCUGUUUUUAAACCAACUGUUCAGCGGUGUUGAACAUAGCCCAGACAUAUUUUAAGUUGACUUUUUACUAGUAGGAAUACAGUAAAGCAUGGGAAGCUCUGUCCUCCUGUGCUUGAGUUGAGUCAUGUUCAGCUGGCCUACUGUUUCUCCUAGCUAGGCACUCCAAUGAUCUGUUAUGACUCUCAGUAUUUCUCACAUAAACCCAUGGAAUGUGAAUUGAAAAAAUAUAGAAUAUCUAUUACAUUUUAAUUAAAUGAAUGAACCUUUUUAACCUAUUUUUUUUAGAAUUCUGAAUAUUAGAUCUGAACAAUAUUGCUGUAACAUUAAUUGUUUGGCAUUUUGGCACCAAUCAAUUUUUUGGUAAAAUAUAAUCCUAACUUUAUCUCAGAGUAGCAAUUGCCCUUUCAGUAUGGUUUUAUGAACAUUACCAAUCAAACAACGUCAACACAACAUUUGUGGCUGCUAUUUCAACCACAGAAACAGGCUCGACAAUGAAAAUAUCAGCUGCUGUGAACAGUGAUGAAUUGUAAUUUUUGUUCAUAAUUUUCCUAGAAUAAAAUACAGUUAAAUUACAUAAUGUACCUGUUUUUAUU